CCCAAACACUCUUGGCCUAACCACAUAGUGACCACCACACGCACUAGUCCAUCGUGCCAAAAUUUGACCCAUCAAAAAAACGCGCCUGCACACAGACACAUGUAUAGCCAACUUUUUUCACGACAUUUUUUUUUUCAGCCUAACAGUUUCACCAACGGGAUUAAAUUAUUUAUAACCACUAGUUCCUUUAAAUUUGUUUUGAAUUGACUUGUUGUUGUUUGGUUCAAUUGCUUAGCUAUUCACUGAAGUCUUGCACUAAUUUUUUGUUUUGUUGCUGCUUCUGCCUGUGCCGUUAUAUCAUAAUUGUUGAGAUCUUUACUUUCAGUACCACAUUUAAGAGAGCUAUUUAUCCAACUGUUACCAUUAAUUUAUAAUUUAUAAUUUAUAUUAACUAACAUUCAUUACCAAUUAACUGUCACUAGCUAAAUGUCAACCACUACUUCAUCUCAUCGUCCAUUUUCUUUGACUCAUGGAUCUAUUGAACAUACAUUUUUAGUUCCUAAUGAAUUAUUCUUUAAUUAUUCUCAAUUAAAGGAUCAAUUUAUUAAAACUUUACCAACUCCAACGGAAGGAUUUGCUGGUGAUGAUGAACCUUCAUCUCCUGCAGAAUUAUAUGCUACAUUCUUAGGAUAUAUUGCUUCAUUAGUAAACCCAUCAAAACCAGGACAAUUUGAUGAAAUUUUAAAAUUAUCAUUACAAGAUUUUAAUUCAAGAUUUUUAAAUUCUAAUAAUGAAAAUAUUCAUUCAUUUGCUGUUCAAUUAUUAAAUGAUGAAACUAAUCCAACCACUGCUACUAAAAUCAAAGAAAAUAUUGUUAAGAAUUAUUAUAAUGCUUUAAUAAAUUCUAAUACUUCAAUUGAAAAAAUUGAAUCUAAUUUAUUAUAUCAUUCAUCAAAAGGUGAUGCUAAAUUACUUGCAAUUUUUGGUGGACAAGGUAAUACUGAUGAUUAUUUUGAAGAAUUAAGAGAUCUUUAUAAAUUAUAUAAAGGAUUAAUUAAUGAUGAUUUAAUUUUACCAAUUGCUGAAAAGUUAAAUCAAUUAGUUAAAAAGGAUAAUUCAUUUGAUAAACUUUAUACUCAAGGAUUUGAUAUUUUAAAAUGGUUAAAUAAUCGUGAUUUAACUCCUGAUCAAGAUUAUUUAUUAUCAGUUCCUGUAUCAUGUCCAGUAAUUUGUCUUAUUCAAUUAUGUCAUUAUACAAUUACUUGUAAAAUCUUGGGUUUAACACCAGGAGAAUUUAGAAAUUAUUUAACUAAUGGUGGUACAACUGGUCAUUCUCAAGGGUUAGUAACUGCAGUUGCUAUUGCAUCAUCUGAUUCUUGGGAUUCAUUUCUUGAAAAUUCCAUUAAAGCUAUAUCUUUAUUAUUUUUUAUUGGUUCAAGAUGUUUAAUUACUUAUCCAAGAACAACUUUACCUCCAACCAUGUUACAAGAUUCUUUAGAUAAUGGUGAAGGUAGACCAUCUCCAAUGUUAUCAAUUAGAGAUUUAUCAAUUGAUCAAGUUGAAAAUUUCAUUGCUCAAACUAAUAAACAUUUACCUCAAGAAAAACAUAUUGCUAUUAGUUUAAUUAAUGGAGCAAGAAAUCUUGUGGUUUCUGGUCCUCCAGAAUCUCUUUAUGGAUUAAAUUUAACUUUAAGAAAUAAAAAGGCUCCUAAUGGUUUAGAUCAAUCAAGAGUUCCAUUUAGUGAAAGAAAAUUGAAAUUUUCUAAUAGAUUCUUACCAAUCUUUUCUCCAUUUCAUUCUCAUCUUUUAACUGAUGCUUCAGCUUUAGUAUUUGAAGAUUUAGCUUCGGAAAAUAUUAAUUUCCCUAAGGAAUUAAUUAAAAUCCCUGUCUUUGAUACAUUUAAUGGACAAAAUUUCCAAACUUUUGAUGAAUCAAAGGAAACUAUUAUUGAAAGAGUGGUAUUAUGUAUUACUCAAUUAAGAGUUAAUUGGGAAUUAGCUACCAAUGUUCAAUCCACUCAUAUUCUUGAUUUUGGUCCAGGAGGAGUUUCUGGGUUAGGAAUCUUAACUCAUAGAAAUAAAGAAGGUACUGGUUCAAGAAUCAUUAUUGCUGGAGCAUUAGAUGCUAAUCCAAUUGAUGAUGAAUAUGGAUUUAAACAUGAAAUCUUUAAUGCUUCAUCAUCCAAGUCCAUCAAAUGGGCUCCUGAUUGGUUAAAUGAAUUUAAACCCACUUUAGUUAAAACCAAAGCAGGAAAGACAUUUGUUAAUACUAAAUUCUCUCAAUUAUUAGGUAGAGCUCCAUUAAUGGUUCCUGGUAUGACUCCAACUACCGUUAAUCCUGAAAUUAUUGCUGCUACACUUAAUGCUGGUUAUCAUAUUGAAUUAGCUGGUGGUGGAUAUUUCCAUGCUGGAGGUAUGGAAGCUGCUAUUAAAGAUGUUAUUUCUAAUAUUAAACCAGGAUUUGGGAUUGGUAUUAAUUUAAUUUAUGUUAAUCCAAGAAUGUUACAAUGGGGGAUUCCAUUAAUUAAAGAAUUAAGAGAACGUGGAUAUCCAAUUCAAUCAUUAACUAUUGGAGCUGGUGUUCCAUCCCUUGAAGUUGCUACUGAAUAUAUUGAAGAAUUAGGCUUAACUCAUUUAGGUUUAAAACCAGGUUCAAUUGAUGCUAUUCAUCAAUGUAUUACCAUUGCUAAGGCACAUCCAAAUUUCCCUAUUGUUUUACAAUGGACUGGUGGUAGAGGUGGAGGUCAUCAUUCAUUUGAAGAUUUCCAUCAACCAAUCUUACAAAUGUAUUCUAAGAUUAGAAGAUGUUCAAACAUUGUUUUAGUGGCUGGUUCAGGAUUUGGAUCGGAUGAAGAUACUUAUCCAUAUUUAACUGGGUCAUGGGCUAAGAACUUUAAUUAUCCUCCUAUGCCAUUUGAUGGGAUCUUAUUUGGUUCAAGAGUCAUGACUGCUAAGGAAGCUCAAACUUCAUUAGAUGCUAAGAAAUUGAUUAGUCAAUGUAGUGGAGUAUCUGACAGUAAAUGGGAACAAACUUAUAAGAAACCUACUGGAGGAAUCAUUACUGUUAGAUCAGAAAUGGGUGAACCAAUCCAUAAGAUUGCCACUAGAGGUGUUAUGUUAUGGAAAGAAUUAGAUGAUACCAUCUUUUCAUUACCUAAGAAUAAAUUACUCGAAGCCUUGACCAAGAAGAAGGAUUAUAUUAUUGACAAAUUAAAUAAAGAUUUCCAAAAACCAUGGUUUGGAAAGAAUGCCAAGGGAGUAUGUGAUUUAGAAGAUAUGACCUAUCAAGAAGUUGCCAAUAGAUUAAUUGAAUUAAUGUAUGUUAAGAAAUCUACCCGAUGGAUUGAUGCAUCACUCCGUAAUUUCUUUGGGGAUUACUUGAGAAGAGUUGAAGAAAGAUUCACUUCCAAAUCAGGCAGUAUUUCUUUAGUCCAAAACUUUACUCAAUUAAAUUCUAAUCCUCAAGAAUUUACUGAUAACUUCUUUGAACAAUUCCCAUUGGCUAAGGAUCAAUUGAUUAGUGAAGAAGAUUGUGAUUUCUUCUUAAUGUGUGCCUCUAGACCAACUCAAAAGCCUGCCCCUUUUGUACCAGUAUUGGAUGAAAGAUUAGAAUUCUUCUUUAAGAAGGAUUCCUUAUGGCAAUCGGAAGAUUUAGAGGCUGUUGUUGGUGAAGAUGUUCAAAGAACAUGUAUUUUACAUGGACCUGUUGCUGCGCAAUUCACUAAUUCCGUCAAUGAACCAAUUGGAGAUAUCUUAAAUUCCAUUCAUGAUGGUCAUAUUGCCAAGUUAGUCAGAGAUGAGUAUCAAGGUGAUGAAUCAAGUAUUCCAGUAGUUGAAUACUUUGGAGGUAAGAAGCCUGCUGUUGCCACUGAAUUAGUUGGAGUUAAAACCACCACCACCACUACUGGUGAUAAGAUCAUUUAUGAAAUUAACGGUUCGGCUUUACCAGAAAAGGAUGCUUGGUUACAAUUAUUAGCCGGUGAUAAGUUGUCUUGGUUACAAGCGUUUAUCUCGUCAGAUAGAAUUGUUCAAGGGUCUAAUCAUGUAACCAAUUCUGUUCAUGAUAUCUUAAGUCCAGUCGCUCAUUCUCGUGUUGAAAUUAGUUAUCCACAAGAUUCUUCCAAGACUAAAUUAGUGGUAUCUGAAUUAGUUAAGGGAGAAUUAAAACAAGUGGUUGAAAUCUCAUUGGUUAAACAAAACACCAUUCAAUUAUCAUUAAUUGAACACAGAACUGCCGAUAACAAACCAGUCAGUUUACCAUUCCUUUAUACUUAUAACCCAGCUGAUGGAUUUGCUCCAAUCUUAGAAGUCAUGGAAGGUAGAAAUGAUCGAAUUAAAGAAUUCUACUGGAAAUUAUGGUUUGGAAAUGAUAUUCCUUAUGAUUUAAAUAUCGAUGCUCAAAAGGCCAUUGUUGGAGAAGAAAUUACCAUUACUGGUGAUGAUAUUUCCGAAUUCACUCAUGCUAUUGGUAAUAAAUGUGAAGCCUUUGUUACUAGACCUGGUAAAGUUACCCUUGCUCCAAUGGAUUUUGCCAUUGUUAUUGGGUGGAGAGCUAUUAUUAAGGCUAUUUUCCCUAAGACUGUGGAUGGAGAUUUAUUGAAAUUAGUUCAUUUACUGAAUGGGUAUAGAAUGAUUCCAGGAGCUGCUCCAUUAAAGAAGGAUGAUGUUGUCUAUUCUAAAGCCGAUAUUAAGGCUGUAUUGAAUCAACCAUCUGGUAAAAUGGUUGAAGUUAUUGGAACCAUCUAUAGAGAUUCUCAACCAGUUAUGGAAGUUACUUCUCAAUUCUUAUACAGAGGUGAUUACUCUGAUUAUGAAAAUACUUUCCAAAAGGUUACUGAGACUCCAGUGCAAAUCUCCAUUAAAUCCGCCAAGGAUUUAGCCGUAUUAAGAUCAAAGGAAUGGUUCCAUUUAGAAAAAGACGUUGAAUUAUUAAAUCAAGUGUUGACUUUCAGAUGUGAAUCUACUUAUAAAUUCAAAUCGGCCGAAGUCUAUUCAUCAAUUAAUACUACUGGACAAGUUUAUUUGGAAUUACCUACUAAAGAAAUCAUUCAAGUAGGUACCGUUGAAUAUGAAGCAGGUAAAUCUUAUGGUAAUCCAGUAACUGAUUAUUUAACUAGAAAUGGUAAGACUAUUGAAGAAGCUGUUAAGUUUGAAAAUGUUAUUCCAAUUUCUUCUGGUGAAGAAUUAACCUCUAAGGCUCCAAAUACCAAUGAACCUUAUGCUAGAGUUUCUGGAGAUUAUAAUCCAAUUCAUGUUUCUAGAGUGUUUGCAUCUUAUGCUAAAUUACCAGGAACAAUCACUCAUGGUAUGUAUUCUUCAGCUUCAAUUAGAUCAUUAGUUGAAGAAUGGGCUGCUAAUAAUGUUGCUUCCAGAGUUCGAGCAUUUAAAUGUACUUUUGUUGGAAUGGUGUUACCAAAUGAUAAUUUACAAACAACUUUAGAACAUAUUGGAAUGAUUAAUGGACGUAAGAUUAUUAAGGUUGAAACUAAGAAUGUUGAAACUGAUUUACCAGUGUUAACUGGUGAAGCAGAAAUCGAUCAACCAAUUACAACUUAUGUAUUUACUGGUCAAGGAUCUCAAGAACAAGGUAUGGGAAUGGAUUUAUAUAAAACUUCCGAAGUUGCUCGUGAUGUUUGGGAUAGAGCUGAUAGACAUUUUGUUGAUAAUUAUGGAUUCUCCAUACUUAAUAUUGUUCAAAAUAAUCCAAAUGAAUUAACCAUUCAUUUUGGUGGAGCUAAAGGUAGAUUAAUUAGAGAUAAUUAUAUUGGAAUGAUGUUUGAAACUAUUGGAGAAGAUGGAGCCAUUAAAUCAGAAAAGAUCUUUAAAGAUAUUGAUGAAUCUACAACUUCUUAUACAUUUGUAUCUCCAACUGGUUUAUUAUCAGCUACUCAAUUUACUCAACCAGCUUUAACAUUAAUGGAAAAGGCUGCUUAUGAAGAUAUUAAAUCUAAGGGAUUAAUUCCUUCAGAUAUUAUGUUUGCUGGUCAUUCAUUAGGUGAAUAUUCUGCCUUAUCAUCUUUAGCUAAUGUUAUGCCAAUUGAAUCAUUAGUUGAUGUUGUCUUCUAUAGAGGUAUGACCAUGCAAGUUGCCGUACCAAGAGAUUCAUUAGGAAGAUCUAAUUAUGGUAUGUGUGCUGUUAAUCCAAGUAGAGUUAGUGCAACUUUUGAUGAUGCUGCUUUAAGAUUUGUGGUUGAUGAAGUAUCCUUAAGAACUCAAUGGUUAUUAGAAAUUGUUAAUUAUAAUGUUGAAAAUCAACAAUAUGUUGCUGCUGGAGAUUUAAGAGCUUUAGAUACUUUAACUAAUGUGUUGAAUGUUAUUAAAUUAAAUAAAAUUGAUAUUGUUAAAUUACAACAAACUUUAACUAUUGAAGAAGUUAAAGAACAUUUGAAUGAAAUUAUUAGUGAAGUAUCUGCUCAAUCCAUUGCUAAACCUCAACCAAUUGAUUUACAAAGAGGUUUUGCUGUUAUACCAUUAAAGGGUAUUUCCGUUCCAUUCCAUUCAUCCUACUUAAUGUCAGGAGUUAAACCAUUCAAGAGAUUCUUAUGUAAGAAGAUUCCAAAAUCUUCAGUUAAACCUGAUGAUUUAAUUGGUAAAUAUAUUCCAAACUUGACUGCUAAACCAUUUGAAAUUACUAAAGAAUAUUUUGAAGAAGUUUAUGAACUUACUAAAUCAGAAAAGAUUAAAGAAAUUCUUGAUAAAUGGGAACAUUAUGAGUCUGCUUAAGUUGAGGAAUGAUUAGUGGGGUAUGUUUAUAGUUGAUAAAUUAUUUAUAUGUUUAUAUAUUGUUUUUCUAUGUUUAUUUAUAUUUAUUACAGUGAUUGUUUAGUACGUGGUACUACUAGAUGGUCUUAAUUAAUAUACUAAUAAUUUAAUAAUGUGGUAGUGUAAUGCUAUAGUAAUAGUAUACUAAAUGCUAUAGUACUAUAAUGUUAACACUGUAAUAGUAUGGUAAUACUAUAGUACAAUGAUAGUACUGUAAUAGCAACACUGUAAUAGUAGUACUGAUACUAUACUAAUAUCAAUGUAACUUAAGGUAAUGCUAUACUAAUACUAGUACUAUGACUUUACUAUUCUAUAGUACUACAGCAUUAUUCAAGUAUCACUUGGAUAUUACUAUAGUAUAUACUACUUACACUUAGAAUCUUAAUAUACAAAUAGUAUUGGAGUAUAGUAGCAUAAUGGAGUAUAGUAG